CAGCUCUUUGGUAUCUGCUGUGCUGCUGCUUCACUCUCUCUCUUUGCAGAAAGUUGUAGAAGUUUUCAGACGUGUCACUGCUGGAUGUGAGGAUGGGAGCCACUUUGCUCUGUGAGCUGGGCCUAUUCUUGCUCUGCACGCUUCUCUGCACUGGACACGCUCAAGAUGCUGUGCUAACUAUUGAACCCAGCUGGUCCAGUUUUUUCAUUGGAGAGUUUGUUACCUUCAAAUGUGACAUGAAUGAAGGAGAAGACACUGACUGGUAUUACCAAAUCAACAGGGAUGGUCAAGAAGUUUUCUCCUACAGGCCAAACAAAGACUCCAAAUUAGAAAUUACAUCUACAGGUUACAGUGGUGAAUAUCAGUGCAUUGGUGACAGGAAGAGCUCACAUGAUAAAAAGAACAGUAAUACUGUCUCUAUAACUGUAUUAGCAUAUAGACCCAGGGCCACACUGACAGCAGGAACAACAAUCAUACCAGUAGGGGGCAGUGUGACACUGACCUGCUCUGUGCAGAGCUCUGAUGGAUGGAAAUAUGAGUGGUUCAGACGAACCCAAACAACCUCUGAAGUUCAAAUCAGAGAUCAACAAAACAGAGAUAUCAGAGUAUCUCAAGGAGGAAUCUACAGCUGCAGAGGAACAAGAGGAAACCCAGUUUACUACACUGAUAGAAGUGAUGAUGUCACCAUUGAGAUAACCUUUUCCAAUAAAGUUGUUGUAAAACAACAACCCAACUGGCCUCAGAUAUUCAGAGGUGAGACGAUCACUCUGACAUGUGAGGUGCAGGAAGGAGGUGAAACCACUGAGUGGGAGUAUGAAUGGAGAGGACCCAGGACACCCACACAGUGGACACACAAUAAUGAUGUGACAUUCAGAGUUUCUGAGUCCAGCAGUGGAGACUACAUGUGUAAGAGUCGACGCAGAGAUGACUCAUAUUCUUCAACAGAGUGGAGUGAAGCCUUCACAUUGUCAGCAUCAACAGCACCUGAGCCUGAAAGCUCUUCAUUUCUCACUCCUUUGAUCGUUGGACUUGUUUGUGGAAUUUUACUGAUUCUUCUUCUGCUGCUGUUGUGUCGCUUCAAAAAGGAUUCAUUCUUUACCAGGACUCGGAGCACAAAUCAGAGCUCUGCAAUGAACCAUGUGAUCAAGGAUGAAGCUCAACACAGUCGACAUAAUUCUACUUUUCAAGGUGAUGCUUGUGUUUAUGAAUCAAUCAAAGACCACGAUGACACACAAAAUGAUGGCAGUGUGUUGUAUGCACAGGUCUCCCACGAUAGAGCUAAAACCAAGAAAGACAACGAUGACAGCCUGUUGUAUGCACAGGUCAAUUACAAUAAAGCGAAACCGAAGAGACACAAAGGGAAACCAGCUCCUGCAGCAGCUGAUGAAACAGUUUAUUCUGAAGUUAAAUCACAAACAGCUCUGGGUAACUGUGCAGAAAUAAAAUAGCUUACAUGUUGUGAUUUGUUGCUGUAACGAUGAACUCAAGUACUAAAGUUUUUAAGUUUUUAGGGAGUAAAUUUAGUUCCAAAUCACCUUUAAUGACUGAAUUAUGCUGCAUCAUUUCUUUCAGAUUAAUAACAAGAUCUGCAAAACCAACUGGAUCAGUGACAAAACCGAGUUUCCUUUGAAUUUAAGAGAGCUUUAGAGAAAUUGAGAUUAUGCACUGUUUUAUAAGAUAAAGUAAAAUAAGUAAAAUCUUUCAUCAUAAUAGCCCAAGUGAUAAUCUGGCUUUGAGACCAGGAUGCUUCGCACACAUGAACAUUCACUGAACUGCAAGUGUUGUUACAUGUUCACUGCUAAAUAAAUAAAAUAAAUAAUAAAUAAAUAAAUACAAAUACAAAUAAACAACAUCUUGAAAUCAAAAUAAUCCACCUACAGGGGGCUGAAUUUUGAUACACAUCAAAGUGAAAAAAAAAAUGAUGCAGACCAUUUUGUUGAAAUUUCAUUGCACCGACUCAAAAUUAUACUGAGUAGUCAGUUUGUCUUCCAUGGACUUGUAUGCUUUCCUGACAAUUUUGGAGCAUACUCCACAAGAGAUGAUGGUGUCCUGAGGAUCUCCUCCCAGAUCUGGACAAGGGCAUCUGAGCUCCUGGACAGUCUGAGCUGCAGCAUGGCAGCUUUAGAUGGAGAGGAGCAUAAUGUCCCAGUUGGAUUUUGGUCAGGCGAGUGUGGGAACCAGUCAGUGGUAUCAAUUCCUUAAUCCUCUGGGAACUGCCUGCAUACUCUCGCCACAUGAAGCUCGGCAUUGUCAUACCAGGAGAAACCCAGGACCCACAGGCACCAGCGUAGGAUCUGACAAUGGGUGACAAACUCUUGAGACUGUGCUAGCAAACCUGACAAUUGCACGCAUUGAACUGGCAACCUAGAGAAGCUAGACUGCCUGUACAACCUCUGUAGCAUCCAGGGAUUGUCUCAUCUCAUCCUACCAGUAACGAUGAUCACUCUAGCCAAAAAGUAAAACUAGUGAAAAAGACAGAUAGAAAAUAUGAGAAAGGAAAAAAUGCCAGUGACCUCUAGUUGUAAAAUGAUUCCUGAUUUGGGAUGCACCUUUUGUUAACUGCAUGUUUUGCUACUUCACAGAGCAGAGAUGUCUAAGUGGUGUGAUGCUUUACUUGAAUUAAAAGUAAUUCUUUCAUUUUUUUUGAGCAGUGCAUAUUUACAGAUGUUUUCUGUGUCUUGUCUAAAAUCAUUUGAUGUGUAUGAUAAGCAUACACAUGUUUACAUGUUUAUUUUCUCCUGGAUGAAUUAAGCAUCACUUGACAUAUUUCUAUAAAAUUGUUUUUCUUCUUUUAACAGUUUUAGGAAAAGAUCAACUUUUUGUUCUUUUUAUUUUAGGUAAGCUGCCUGCAGAGGCAGUUUUAUUUUCUGUCAGUGUCAGACUUAGUUCUUCCUCUCAGCUGUUACCAGGUGCUUGUUGUUUAUUGCAGGGUGUUUAACUUACAAAAUGAAGCAUAUUAAGGUGACUGUUAUUGUGAAUUGUUGUUAA